GUGCGCCUGCGCAGUGAGCCGCGCCGUGGGGGCUGCGUGAGGUUGAUCAGGGUGGGCCGGGUGGUGGCUACGGCAGCUUCCGCGCGACAGUCGCGCCAUGGCGGACGAAGAGCUGGAGGCGCUGAGGAAGCAGAGGCUGGCCGAGCUGCAGGCGAAACACGGGGAUCCAAAUGAUGCAGCACAGCAGGAAGCAAAGCACAGGGAAGCAGAAAUGAGAAACAGUAUCUUAGCCCAAGUUCUGGAUCAAUCAGCCCGGGCCAGGUUAAGUAACUUAGCACUUGUAAAACCUGAAAAAACAAAAGCAGUAGAGAAUUACCUUAUACAGAUGGCAAGAUACGGACAGCUAAGUGGAAAGGUCUCAGAACAAGGUUUAAUAGAAAUCCUUGAAAAAGUAAGCCAACAAACAGAAAAGAAAACAACGGUUAAAUUCAACAGAAGAAAAGUAAUGGACUCUGACGAAGAUGACGAUUACUGAACUAAAAAUGUUUAGAGACUGAAACUUAAUGGAACACUUCUAGGGCAGAAGUUAAAAUCUGCUUAAAUGUUUACUUUGUUUUGUCUAUAGGCCUUUCAAAAAAUAAACUUGUUAUGCAAAAUAAAGCACUUGGGUAGGUUGUUUUAGUGUUACAGUCAAGUGACUAGAUUUGCUUUUAAAAUUGUUUUCACUUUCAAAUAUGCGGCAGCCUGAAUGUGUAUGUCCUUUUCAGGUGUGACAUUUUAUUAGGUAAAGGAAAUAUCAUAAAAGAAAAACAGAAGCUUUUGUAUUUAAUGAAAGAAAAGUCUGUUUUUGAAAGGCACUGAGAUUGUUGUCUAACAUGUUAUAGCGCCCAUCCAAAAUAACUAGUGUGAUAUUGAUAAAAUCAAAACAAGAACAUUCUGGCGGUAAUAUUCAGUGAUAAACAUGUUUGUAAGAGAAGUGGCUUCUAAUGAUUGACGCCCAGCUUUUGACAGUUCAGCUGUUCUGUGGUCUGGCAGAAACAUUCCAGGUUCUCUAGUGAUAGAGCUGAGGUGACUUAAGGCAGGUGUCGUCUCAUACUGGGCUUUACUGCCACCAGGCUAUGAAAACCUUUCCCACACACUUAAUCAUAAACAGCUACCAGCUAAGCUGUUGUUACAAACUUUUAAAUGUUUUAGUGCUAUGAAACUCAGCCCAGGAGUAGUUCCAUAACAAGAUGAGGCGGGGGGCUGGGGAUUUAGCUCAGCGGCAAAAGCGCCUGCCUGGCAGGCGCAAGGUCGUGAGUUUGGUUCCUGGUACCGGAGAAAAACCAAAACCAAAAAAAAAAAAUAAGAUGAGGCGGCUUAGCAGAAAAGUGAUGGGAAUGCAGUUUAUGAUUCCAGUCUCUCCUUUGGUCAGCACACUGCUGACAUUUAAACUAUAUUUGAGAUUUUACUAUAUUUGAAAUUUGUAACUAUGGCCAAUGAAAGAAGUCAGUGGAGGGGCUAGGAGUGCUGUGCAGCCCAGUGGUGGAGCACUUGCUGCACAUGUGGGAGGCUCUGGUUCCGUCCCAGCACCACGUUGCAGUAUUUGAGCAAGUGCCUCCCUGUUCCCAAAUACACAGACAAAUGAGUAGAACCGUUAAGAGCAGUAUUUUUUUAUAAGAAACAAGACUGUCAAAAUUGUUCAGAGAUUUUGAAAAAAAUUCCAAUUACAGGUAAAUUUUGCUUUGGGCUUUAUUUACAUAAAAAUACUAGGACAUUAGAAAAUUCUCAGCAGGUUUUGUUGUGUCCUUUCUCUUGGCAACUUAGCAAGACCCAGCCUCAAAAAUUUCUAAAAAGGGCUGGGGAUAUAGCUUAGUUGUAGAGUGCCUGCCUAGCACAUGUGAGACCCGGAGUUCAAACAACAUUCUGCAAAAAAGAAAACACUACUCUGAUGUCAGCUGCUGACAGAUUCCAGUAUUCAGAUUUUUCCGAGAUACCUGAGAGUGAAAAGUGGCUGUAUGUAGAAGGUAGAGGUUUCUGAAGGCAAUAAGGGUGGAGUACAUUUUAGUCUAGGGAAUGUCCAGGGACGGUAACUCUAAACUUUCUAAUUAAAUCAGUGGCUGGGGAUACUUUGAAUGCAAACCCAAUUUUUUAUACAAAAACAUAUUGGUGUUACCAAAUUUUGAACUAUCAAAUCAAGUUUGGGUUUUCUUUCCAGUACUGCAAAUUAAUAAAGUUGGAAAAACAAAUUAGAACAAAGAAAAGGAAAUUAGCAAAGCAACAGUGCUUAUUUUCUGUUUGUAGUAAGAAGCUGUAUUAUAGUUAUCCUUAUAGUUUUAGAGUGAAACUUCUUGUGGAACCCUCCAAAUAUGUUGUACCCUUAGCACUGUAAAUAAAAUCAAAAGCAAAA